CGGGGCUGAGACCGAGAUCGAGACCGCCGGGACUGAGACUGAGAUCGAGACCGGUGUCGGUGCGGGCUCGUCGGGUCCCGCUGUGCGCGGUGGACGAGGCCGGAGCAGGGCAGAGCUUCCCUGUGCCAUUGUGGGCUCUGUGUGGAUGAGCCUCGGACAUGAAGGAUGGCCAGCACUCCUGGGAAUCAGAAAGCCACACACUUGGAAAAUUCCCAAGGGAAGAAGUCCCAGCAUGCAGAAGAAGCCAUUUUUUACAUGAACUGCAGAGCAGCUUAUCUGACUGUCUUAAAAAGCAGCUUAGAAAAUAUUAAAUCAAAAGAACAGCUCAGUUUAGCACUUCAACAAGCUGGAAGAAAUCCUUCUCAGAAGACUAUUAACAAAUACUGGACUUCACAAACAACUUCACUGAAUUUUGAUGAUUUUUGUGCUAUUUUAAAAAAAGAAAAGCCAGCUACAAAAAAUGAACUACUCGAAGCAUUUGGAAAAAUAGACACAGAUAAGUCUGGAUAUAUUUUACAUGAUGAACUUUUUAAAAUUCUUACAACAAGAGGUGAUAAAAUGACCUGGGAGGAAGUAACCAGCAUUACUAAACAAGCUGAUUUUAACUGCAGUGGCAAACUUGACUACAGCAAGUUCUGUGAGCUGUACCUGACCACCAGUGAGCAGUGCUGCAAAGCUGCAAGGGACAGGCUGGAAACUGACCCUCGGCUGAGGCAGCAGCACUUUGGGAAUCAAACUGAACAUUUCUCCCAUGGGAUCACACUGCCAGCGUCAAAAGCAUCCCCAAGAGUCUCCAGGAAAACUGAUCACAAAUUGGCCAAAGGUGACAGCAGAGCUCCUUCAAGACCUUCAUCAGCUCAAAGCAGCAAAGCUUCCACCUCCACCACUGUGACUGUGAGUGCCAGCAGCAGCAGGAACACAAAGCUAAUUAUUGAGCCUGACACAAUGAAGGAAUGGCAAUGUGCACAGUCCAAAGGCUGCUUCUACCUGGAGGAAGAUGGGGAAAUCAUCAGUCACAAGUACAGGCUACACUUACCCCAAAGAUCUGCAGUUUGUGUCACCAUCAAACCUUUCACUGUUCCCCAGGCAGAAGGAAAAUCUUGUCACUGGUUGUCAGUGGAUACAGCUUUGUUUAUUCUGAAGGAAAAUGAAACACAAGAGAAUCUACAGCUUGUGAGCUUUACUGAACUCCAAAACAAAGAGGUGUUUGGCUGGAGAGGGGAGCUUGGAGCUGGAGUUUACUGGCUGCUCCCUUUCACAACUGGCUGCAGGCUGAGAAAGGUGAAAACCCAAAUUACUGGAGAAGCAGAACUGGUGUGGAGGGAUGAAGAUGGAGAGCUGGCUCUCACCAGAGAAUUCCGAGCUACUUUGUUGGAUAUAUUUGAAACAAUUGAUUUGGAUGGCAAUGGCCUCCUGAGUCUGGAGGAAUACAACUUCUUUGAGCUGAGGACUAGUGGGGAGAAGUGUGAUCAGGAAGCCUGGGCAGUGUGUAAGGAGAAUUUUGAGAUGAAGAAGAAUGAACUAACAAGACAAGGAUUUCUGGAUUUGAAUCUCAUGGAAGCCAAUGACCGGGAUGGGGAUCCUUGGGACCUUUGGGUCACUUUGUUGUCCCUGGGCUACAACAAAGCCUUAGAAAUGACAGAGGCCUGCCCCUUUGUCAUUGACAUCAGUGCAGAGAGGUGCAAACCCAGAAUUAAAGCCAUUUCUCUGGAGGCAGGGGGCUCCCAGCUCAGCAGGGCUGUCUGCAGGUCUGUGGUUAUUAAAGGAGAGGCCAAAGUGCUGGAUGGCUCUGAGAACAUCUUCAUCUACACCUACAGAUCUGGCAGCAGAAUCACCUCUGUGAUUGAAAAUAAGUCUGAAAAUAAAGUGAUAAUUCAUGUCAACAAUGAGCAGAGUAAGAACUGCCUAAACAGUAGGGGACUGACGGUUUUUGCCGUGGAAGUGGCUCCAAAAUCCAUGAUGGUCUCUCAGCACGUGAUGGCCCUGAAUGAGCAGGAAGAGUGGAUUUACAGCUGUGUGCACUCCCUUGUAUGUUAAACCUCCCAGUGCCAGGGCUGGGAGCAGCCAGACUCAAUCAGCAUUAGCUUUGGGCAGCUUUUAGACUUUUUUUAUAGUCUUGUCCUUCUCAAAAAGAUGGAAUACAUUUAUAUUUCUUGAUGAUUUGGGCAUGAAAACACUGAGGCACAAUAAAAAUUAGUGUUGUUCAGUAAUCCA